UGAAUGAUGCCUGCUGUCACCACCCACCCAAGAAACAGAAACACCCGGACGUGGACAUAACAUUUAAGUACCGUCUUUGUCCCAUAUAAAAAGCACAUCGCGUGGGGGGCCAGCCCGGUGGUGUAGUGGUUACGUUGGAGUCCUCCAAUUCGGUUCGCAGGUUUGGGCACCCCGGUGUGGACAUACACACCGCUCACCAACCCACGCUGUGGCGGUGUCCCAUAUACAAAAUAGAGGAAGAUUGGUACAGAUGUUAGCCCAGCGACAAUCUUCCUCACCAAAAAAGAAAAGCACAUCGCGACCUUUACUCUUAUUUCAUCCCCAGGAACGUGUACUGUGAAUGAAGCAUCUUUGACAGCAGCGCGGACGACCGGUGCCCUCAGAUGCCCCACGCGCUGCUGCAGAGCCUUCUGAGAGGUGUAGUCCCCACCUCCAGCGCAGGACACUCCCAGGGCCUGGGGACAUGGACUACAGCUCCCAGAAGAUCUUGUUCCUAGGCAACGCCGACUUUCUGGGGCCUCCCACUGCUUCCCUCCAUCGGCCGGAGAACCGCACCGCGGAGCCUUCUGGGAGAUGUAGUACUAGGCUCUAGAUGUCCAAGCGCGCCGCCCGCUGGACACGACUAGCGUAACUCUAAAUCCCUUUAAGUCCUAGAAUUCUCAUCCCGAGGCUUCCUGGAUUCUUGGAACCGCCGACCGCGCGCUUCUGGAGGUCAGGACGGCCGCUCAACGGUAAUUUCUUGGAAUCAUAGUGAGAUAAAUCUACCUGAGCCCAGCAUAGGCCAGGCCGGGGACCCUGCACUACAAUGUAGUCCCGGAAGGCCCCGUCCCCAGAACUGGCCCAGUUGCGCACGCCCAUUGGAAGGCCACCCUCACCGCCGCGCCUUCUGGGAAAUGUAGUCUGGCUCCUCCGGCCCUCAGUGGCUGGACAGAUCUAGGGCUCGGGCCGUAGGUCUACAACUCCCAGAACCGCCACCGCGGCUGCGUCCCCACGCUCCAGGCUUCUCGCCGCGCACUCCCAUUGGUCAGAAGGCCGCGCCACGGGGCCUUCUGGUCACGGUAGUUCCGCUUCCCGCUCGGCACGGGGAUCCGGCGGAGAGGCUUCGCUAGGUCAGGACCAUCGGUUCUGUCCGAAGGCGACGUGCCCCGGGUCUCGCUCCAGGUCCGCCAGGAGAGCUGCGGGCUCCAGGCCGCGCCAAGCUGCGGAGACGCUGGACCGCUGCGGGUCGGGCCGUUCCUACGCGCCCUCCAGGCCUGCCUUGGGCGCGACGGGGCGGGCGGAGAUGACAGCCGCGGGGCCAAUGGCACCGCGCCACCCGGUGAGUGGCGCUCCCCCUCCGCCGAGCGGGUUCGCGUCUCCUCCAUGCCGGGCGCGGUGACUCCUCCACCCGUGAGCCUGGGGCCGACAUCGCGCCUUCCUCCAAGCUUCCCCCCGGCCCGCCGUCUGUCCCAGGAGGGACGCAGACGAGGGGAGACCUGCCUGGGCCUGCGACCCUCAGUGGAUCAGUCAAGUCCCGCAACCACUAAAGGUCCCAUCACAGACCUCCGGGCAAGAAAGUGCCUGGCCUGGACGGCUUCAGCCGCCACGCCGGCAGGGACAUGGUUCCGGCCGCGACGGCGUCCGAAGCGGUUGCCUCUAGCAGGGAGCACCUCUCAGUUGGUUCUAAGGGAGACGGCACGCUGCUCCGAGCUCAGCUGCCUCAUGUGAAAAUCCAAAAAGCAGACCCCGGGAGGUGGGAACCGCUUCCUGACUGUGGAGCAGGUAACCUUCGAUGACGUGGCUGUGGACUUCACCCAGGAGGAGUGGAGGCUGCUGGGCCCCGCCCAGAGGACCCUGUACCACGAAGUGAUGCUGGAGACCUUUAGGCACCUGGUCGCUGUGGGGCCUGGGAUCCCCAAGCCACAUAUCGUUGCCCAGCUGGAGCUCGGGGUAGAGCCAUGGAGGAUGGACAGAGGACUCUCUCAAGAUCCCUGCCCGGAAUCAAAGAACAGACUUAAAAGCCAAGAGUCACCAUCAACAGAGGCCAUUUCUGGUGAGGACCUACCCUGCAGCAUGAACCUACCAACAUCCACAAUGGGUGAUUCCUGGCACUCUACUGUAGAUGGUGACUGGGAAUCUCAGAAUGAAGCAGAAAAGCAGAAGACACACAACGGCAUUGUGGGGCCAAUGGAAUGUAAACAAGAGCAAGUAGUGACCUGGGAUGAGGAUUGGGAAAAUGCUAAAGUUGUGGGAAAAUGCAGCCUCAGUUCAAACUUGGUUUCUUCACAGAGAUUUCUUAUCAAAGAACAGUUCUGUCAAAUUGACUUAGGAGUUCAAAGCUUACAGCAUAAUUUUGUUUUAAAAGAUCAUCAGGAAGUCUUGGUAGGAAAGAAACCUUGUAAAGGCAAUCCAUGUGGAAAAGCUUUAGAAAAACUGUAUAAAUUGAAUGAGCACGGUAAAUAUACCAACCAGAACAUAUACCUUUCUACACAUGAGAUAAUUAGUACAGGAGAGAAAUUUUAUGGAUGUAAAGAAAGUGGGGAUUUUUUUACCCAAAGCUCACACCUCUCUCAGGUCAUGAGAACUCAUAGUGGGGAGAAAGCCUAUGAAUGUGAUGAAUGUGGGAAAGCCUUUAAGAAGCUUUCAUCUCUUACUCACCAUCUGAGAAAUCACAGUAGAGAGAAAGCCUAUGAAUGUAAUGAAUGUGGGAAGUCUUUCUGGCAGAGCCUUCACCUCAUUUUGCACCAGAGAAUUCACACCGGGGAGAAACCUUAUGAAUGUAAUAAAUGUGGAAAAUCUUUUAGCCAGAAUUCUCACCUGAAUGUACAUCAGAGAACUCAUACUGGAGAGAAGCCCUAUAAUUGUGAUGAAUGUGGAAAAUCCUUCAGUGGAAGGUCUAAUCUUAAUGUGCAUAAGAGAACACAUACUGGAGAGAAACCCUACAAAUGUGAGGAAUGUGGGAGAGCCUUCAGUGACCGCUCAUCAUACACACAACAUGAAAGGACGCACACUGGAGAGAAACCCUACAAAUGUAAUGAGUGUGGAAAAGCCUUUAGCCACAGCUCUCACCUUACAGUUCACAAGAGAAUCCAUACUGGUGAGAAACCAUAUAAAUGUAAUGAAUGUGGGAAAACUUUCAGUUUUCAUUUAUCCUUCACUCAACAUAAGAGAACACACACUGGAGAGAAACCCUAUAAAUGUCAUCAGUGUGGGAAAGCUUUCAGUCAAGGUUCUAAUUUUAUUGGGCACCAAAGAACUCAUACCAGAGGGAAAAAACUACAUAUUUCAUUUUAAUGUAUAAGAGCUAUGCGAAUAUAUUUAGAUUUUUGACCCAUUCCCAGAGAAGGGCUGAGCCUGGGUGGCAUUUGAUACCUAGGGAAACUGCCAAUGAGAAACAAUUAGUAAGAUCAAAACUCCCUUCAAUGAUACUAGUUAAUACAGUCAACCAGUGUGGGAAAGGCUGUUGCUGAGAAUUCAAAAUAGGUUGAUAAUAUUAAAUGAAAGUACUGUUCCAAAGAGCCAGAGUGCCAUUACUUAUUUCAUUGUUUCCCCACUGCUAGAAAGUUAGACUGCUUCUAAUUUGUUUCAAGAAGUUGCUAUAGGGGCCAGCCCGGUGGCCGAGUGGUUAAGUUCGUGCACUCUGGGUUUCGCCAGUUGGAUCCUGGGCAUGGACAUGGCACUACUCAUCGAGCUACGCUGAGGUGGUGUCCCACAUGCCGCAGCUAGGACCCACAACUAAAAAUACACAACUGUGUACCGUGGGGCUUUGAGGAGAAAAAGGAAAGAUAAAAAAAAUAUUGAAAAAAAAAAAGUUGCUAUAUGCUGUAAUUAUGAACACUGUGUAGAAACAUGGAAAAUGCCUAUAAUGUGUAGCGAAAGGUGCAGAAUUAUUGUGGCUAAGAUGCCUUGUGUGUGCAUUUGGACCAGGGCUUGGAAGGAAACACAGAAAUGAACAUAGCUAAUAAGAGUCUUGGAAUAUUGAGUGACUUUCUUUUUUUCUAAUGUUUCUCUCAAAAUUGCUACAAUUUUACAAUAAACAAAAAGGUGAGAAGAGAGAAGUAGGUCAAAUGUGAGUCUGAAUCAUUGGAGAGAAAUGGGUGCACUAAAGUAGCAAAAAGAAGAAGAAAUGGAAAUAAAUUUAGUGGUCAACACAAAAAGUUAGAAAAAGAAAUUGUUUCUAAUCAAAGCAGAAAGAAGGAUGUAAUAAAGAUAAAAGCAGGAAAUACAUGGUAAAAGGUGACUGUGAGAAAAAAACACUGUAAUUUCCAAACUAACAUGAUCAAGAACAAUGACACACAGAUUUGCAACAUAGGGAAUGAAAAAGGAAAUAGAGAAAAUAAUAUCAAAAAGUUUGUACAUUUUUGUCUACAGUUGAAAAUUUGCAAGGAUGCAAAUAACAAUGAUAAAAGUAUAUACUAGAGCAGCUGUUACAGAGUAGACAAUAUCCCAAGCACUCAGUCUACAUAACCUCCUUUAAUAGAAAAGUCUUAGUGAGGGAGAUUUUAUCUCCAUUUUACAGACGCAGAAAAUGCAGUCUAAAGAGGCUAAGUGGCAGGUAAAGAUUGGCAAAGAUUUAAAGACUGUUGGACAUAGGCAAAAAUAGUGGGGAAGUGGACCCUAUUAUUCAGCACCCAUGCACGGUUAUCUGGGUGCACUCUCUUUGUAGGAUGUCCAGAUGUAAAGGAUGCUCUCAAGUUGAUUCAGCAAUCUCACCUUUGCAGUUCACUCUUGGAGAUAACGGCCCACGUAUGCAAGCAUGCAACACAGGACCUUUGUUACAGCAUAGUUCACAACAGCAAGAUACUAAAGGCUCAUCAACAGCAGAAUGUUUAAGUAAUUAUGGUGCAUAAAUUAAAUGGCAAAUUUCUGGGGGACAAAAUUAGGUUCAUAAAACUAUAAAUCUCUCCCAGGGGAAUUCUGUGGAAGAAUGUCACCCACAUGUUAACAUUGCUUAUGGGUGAUGCGAUUUUAAGCAAUAUUUGCUCUUUACCUCUUCCAAAAUGAUUUUAGUUUCUGUAUAAUGAAUGUGUAUCAUGUGAAUUGAAAAGAAAGUUAUUUUCAUCCAGAAAUAA